AUGUCUGACAAUUCUGAUGAUCAUUUAUCAACUGCAGAGGAUUCAAAUGAUAUGUCUGACGCUACAUAUCAAGUAGUUAACAAAAAUAAUCCAUCAACUGCAGAGGAUCAACAAGAGGCUGUUUCUGACGUUAUACCUAGAGUAGCUAGCAAAAAGAAUGUGGAAAAAGCCUUGGAAUUCAUUCGUCGACGCCGUCAACAAAAACUAUUAAAACGGAAAGGAACCUCUGAGACUGAUCUAGAGCAUAAGAUAGUUGCUAACUGCAUAACAAGUUUAACUGCUCCUUUUACAAGAGUUAAUGCAGGGUCAGCAUUUUUUAGAACUUUUAUACCAAUAGAAAUUAGAAAUGCUUUACUAAAUGAAGAGUGGCCAUCAGUUUUAAAAUUAUUCCUCAUGUUAUUAAAAUCUGAGAAAGGUGAGGCAUUAGUAUGGAGGUAUGCAUUUUUAAUUUAUCUUCGAUGCCCUGCUAGCGAUCAAUAUACAUUUGAAGACUUCAUUACAAUGUGUCGCGGUACUGAUCCAUCUAAUUAUAGUACACUUUUAGAAAAAUUAUUAUCAUUGUCUAAAACAACCGAUGAAAAUACAUAA